CUAUUUGUAAUAAUAAUAAUAAUAAUAAUAAUAAUAAUAAUAACGAUAUGAAAGGCAUUACUACUAUAGUCGUAGUCAUCGGCGGUCUAUUACUGGCGUCGGUAGUCGUAGAGGCCAUCAAUGGCGUCGACGACGACAACAACAACAACAACGCCUCCGCCAUUAGCAUCACCGAAGGUCAUCACUCAUCGCCGCCCACAACGCCGUCGCCACCGAUAACUCAAUGGACACCGACAGCCGAUGACCAAUUGAACGGCUAUUGUCUACUGGACACCAGUGUAUCGUGCGGUCAUUCCACAGGUAUUACCGAUCAGAGUAUACCGUGUUCGCGGCCACACCGACCGCAACGCUUGAACGAUACGGACGCCAUUGAAUUACUUCGGGAAACUUGUCCCGAUUUGGUACCCGUGGACGGCUCGGAUCCGCUCCUGUGUUGCGGUUACGAUGCCUUGCAAACACUGGCCGAGUCCUAUGAAUUGCCGAAAGCAUUGGGUUUGGGCCGAUGUCCGUCGUGUCUAUACAAUUGGCGUAAAGUUUUCUGCCAUUCAACGUGUUCGCCGAAACAGUCGCAGUUUAUGCGGRUCACGAAAACUACGGCCGUAACCGCCAGCGAAUCAUCGGAUGAAUCAUCGGACGAUCGCCAUAACAACCCGAACCCCAAUCAACUACUCGAGCGAGUCGACGAAGUUAGCUAUUAUAUUGGCCGCCAGUACGCCCAGGGUAUGUACGAAUCGUGUCGCGGGCUGUCGGGUGUGGCACCGGGAACCUACAUAAUGGACCUGAUGUGCGGCAAAUGGGGAUCGAAAAAGUGUAACGGCUACCGAUGGUUGGACUAUAUGGGUUUGUCCCAUGAAAAAGGUGGUCACGCACCGUUUCAGAUUAACUACGUGUUUACCGAUGCCCAGAGUAUGCCGAUUACCGACUCAGUAGCCGUAGCCGUCAAUGUCAGUCAGUCGAUGACGGUAUACCCGUUACAGUUGCCUACCGUUUCGUGUGCUCAAUCGCCGCCCGGUGUCCUUGAAAAGUGCAGUUGCAGCGAYUGUCAAUCGGCCUGCAAACUAGACAAUCCACCCGUACUGCCCGUUCGGCCGGCAGCGGUAACCAUAAUGAAUUUGUCGGCCACUACCGGCGCAGCACUGAUACUCUACUUGAUUAUUGCCGUAUCGGUGUUUGUCUAUUUUGCUAUCUAUACGCUCAGGAAUGAUAAAAACAAACUCGACACAAGUAGCGACCGAAGCGAAUCUACCGAAUCGAUGACCGGAACGCCUAACGACCGAUCAAUGAUGAGCGGUAAGAACGGUGGACGCGGCGGCGGCGGUGGUGGUGGUGGCGAUGCUAUGGAAGCCAAACCGUUACGCUGCGAACUGUCAGUGGACGCGGCCUAUCAGCUGAAAGAGAGUCCGCCGCCGAGUCCCGACAUUCAUAUGUGCGCCCAAUUGGACAUUAUUCAGCCGUUCGAGUCGAUACAUAUGGCCAAUCUGGCCAUCGGUAUACGAUUGGAGCGAUUUUUCGAACAAUGGUUCCGCAAUUGGGGUACAUUUGUUGCCCGCAACCCGUGGAUAGUGAUCAUCAGUUCCCUGUUUAUUAGCGGCUAUCUAGCACUCGGGGUAUUCACCCGCUGGCAGGUGACCACCGAUCCCGUCGAUCUGUGGGUGCCGGCCGGUAGCGAAGCCCGACGCGAUAUGGAAUACUUUAACAAAAAUUUCUGGAAAUUCUAUCGAAUCGAACAGUUGAUUAUCGAACCGAAAUGGCGGUCAGAUGUUGGCGGUGACCACUAUUUUAAUGCUACUGUCGAUGCGGACGACGAAUCGGUAAUGUUUGGACCGAUAUUUAACAGGACAUUCCUGUUGGAAGCCUACGAUUUGCAGCAAAAAGUAUUGUCAAUUGUUAGCCGCGAUGAAGAAACCAAUGAAUCGAUUAGUCUGUCGGACAUAUGCUAUAAGCCGAUGGGCGCCGAUUGUGCCGUACAGUCGAUAUUUACCUACUAUUUGGACGAUCGGCGACAAUUGAUGACCGACGAGUACUACAAGAAACUGGCCUAUUGUUCCCAAAGUCCUACCUAUACGGAUGAUAGUCAACCGGAAAAGUCGUGUUUCAAACCCAACGGUAUACCACUGGUCUAUCCGGGUGUAGCGUUGGGCGGUUUCCCYGGKGAUCGGUAUACUGAGGCUACGGCACUGAUCAUAACGAUACCGGUGCGCAACUAUAACAAUCCGAAAGACAACCGUCAGGCUAUUAUUUGGGAAAAACAGUUUCUGGAAGUAGUGGCCAAUCAUACGUCCGAUUUGAUGACCAUUGCCUUCAAAGCCGAACGAUCUAUUGAGGAUGAACUGGACAGGCAAUCCCGUAGCGAUAUAGUUACCGUUGCGGUCAGCUAUUUGAUUAUGUUUAUCUAUAUACUCCUGGCACUGGGCGAUCUCAACAAAUGUUCGACAGUACUAAUGGACGCCCGAUUUUCUCUGGGAUUUGUCGGCGUAACUGUUGUCCURYUAUCGGUAUUUGCUUCGCUCGGCUUUUUCUUCUACUUCUCAAUUCCGGCCACACUUAUCAUUGCCGAAGUCAUACCGUUUCUGGUAUUGGCCGUCGGUGUCGACAAUAUAUUCAUAUUGGUUCAAAGUUUUCAACGAGACGAGCGACGACCCGACGAAGAACUGGUCGACCAAAUUGGCCGUGUAGUCGGCGAAGUGGCGCCCAGUAUGAUGUUGUCGUCACUGUCGAUGUCCGCUUGUUUUUUUAUCGGUACACUCACGACAAUGCCGGCCGUACGGAUGUUUGCCCUGUACGCUGCCGUAGCCCUUAUAAUCAACUUUUUCCUACAAAUGACCUGUUUUCUCGGCCUGUUCACACUGGACACCAAACGCCAAUUGGAUAACCGAUUGGAUAUACUCUGGUGUGUGAAAGGGGCAAAAAAAUCGGAAAAACAUCCGUCAAUUGGCGGCAAAGAAGGACUAUUGUAUACAUUCUUUCGCGAUAUCUAUUCGCCAUUCCUGAUGAAAGACAACGUCCGUAUUGUCGUACUGUUGGGUUUCGGUGCCUGGCUUUGUACCAGUAUUGCCGUACUGGACAAACUACACAUUGGCCUCGAACAGGAACUGUCGAUGCCCGAAGACUCCUAUAUGAUUGACUAUUUUAAUUUCUAUCAAAAAUAUUUUGUGGUCGGACCGCCCGUCUAUUUUAUGAUUACCGAAGGCUACGAUUAUACCCGAAACGAUACACAAAACGCCAUGUGCUCACUAAACGAUUGUGAUAGAGAUUCGUUGCCCGCACUACUGGCCUAUAUGGCCGACAAUUCAAAUUUGACAUACAUCCAAACAAAACCGGUUCCCUGGGUGGACAGCUAUCUGGAAUACCUGUCCAGUUCCGAGUGUUGCUAUAAAGAUCGGACAAACAAAAAGAAAUGCCGUAAAGGUGAUCCCGGCUGUGAUAUUUGUUGGGACAUUAGCGCUAACGGCCGUCCAUUUGGUUCAAACUUUACCGAAAAUCUCAACUUUUUCUUACAUCAAUCGCCUGAUUUCAAGUGUCCUAAAGGAGGUUUGGGCCAAUACGACGAUGCCGUACGACUAUACGAUGAGGGAGGCAUUAAAUCUACUUAUCUGAUGUCAUAUCGGACAACAUUGAAGACAUCGGAAGAUUUCUAUGAAUCUCUACGCUAUUCCCGUAUAAUUGCCGACAUAUUGACCGAUAAAUUACGUAAUAUUUCCGGUAAUACCGAUGCACUGGUCAGGCCCUACUCGUUUCCCGAUGUUUUCUACGAACAAUAUCUGACAAUGUGGACGGAUACCAUUAAAUCGUUGAGCAUAUCCAUUGGUGCCAUAUUUAUCGUAACCUACCUGUUCCUCGGUUUGGACAUCUAUUCGGCACUGAUUGUAGCCGUUACCAUACUGAUGAUUAUUAUCGAUUUGAUGGCAAUGAUGAGAUGGUGGGACAUCAGUCUCAAUGCCGUAUCACUGGUCAAUCUAGUUGUGGGCGUCGGCAUAUCAGUUGAAUUUUGCUCACAUUUAGUCCGCUGUUAUGCCAUAUGCUCGGCACCGACACGCGUACUACGGGCUAAAGAGUCGUUGGCCAAAAUGGGAACUUCGAUACUAUCGGGAAUCACGUUAACCGAUUGCGGUAUACUAGUGCUGGCCUUUGCCAAGUCCAAGAUAUUUCGGGUUUUCUAUUUUCGUAUGUACCUGGGCAUAAUUGCUUUCGGUACUCUGCACAGCCUAAUUUUUCUACCGGUGCUCCUAUCGGUAAUCGGACCGCCCCUUAACAAACAGCGACUAUUGUUUGCCACCUAUGGCGGCGGUUCACCGUUGACUACACCCGACUCGGCCGGGCGGCAGUCGGUAAAUGCACCGACAUUUGCUACCGCCUACAACAAUAUCAACAAAAAGUUUAGCUCCAGUAGUAGUGGAGGUGGACAGGGAGGUGAUAACAAUGAUGAUGAAAUCUCCGGUUAAUUAACUUAUUAAUAAUACAGUAAUAAUAAUAAUAAUAAUAUUGAUUUUAGUCAGUCAUCAACAAAAAAAUGUAUUGUUUU